UCCACCACACCGCGGCUCUGUUGACAUUUGUAUCCGGGCCAGGCGCGUUGGUUCCUGGGUAGCCGUGGUUCAGAAAGUCGUUACGCAAGGAUGUUGUCCUUGUCUCGAUCAGUGCUGUGUGGGGUGGUACGCGCCCCAGCUGCUGUCUGCCAGGGCGGAGUGACUACCAUCUCCAGGUUCAACAGCACAGCACAAAGUACUCCUAAGAAAACAAAAUUUGGGCCACUGGCAGAUGAGGACAGAAUUUUCACAAAUCUUUAUGGCCGUCAUGACUGGAGGUUGAAAGGGGCACUGAGACGUGGCGACUGGUACAAAACCAAGGAGAUUCUUUUGAAAGGGGUCGACUGGAUUCUUAAUGAGAUCAAGGUUUCUGGUCUGCGUGGGAGAGGAGGAGCGGGUUUCCCCACUGGCAUGAAGUGGAGUUUCAUGAACAAGCCCAGCGAUGGUCGUCCAAAGUAUCUGGUUGUGAAUGCAGACGAGGGAGAGCCAGGCACCUGUAAGGACAGGGAGAUCAUGCGACAUGACCCACACAAGCUGGUGGAGGGCUGCCUGGUGGCUGGAAGGGCCAUGGGGGCGCGUGCUGCUUAUAUCUAUAUCAGAGGAGAGUUCUACAACGAGUCCUCCAACCUGCAGGUGGCCAUCCACGAGGCCUACGCUGCUGGCCUGAUCGGCAAGAACGCCUGUGGCUCUGGUUAUGAUUUUGAUGUUUUUGUGAUGCGUGGCGCUGGAGCGUACAUCUGUGGAGAGGAGACUGCUCUUAUUGAGUCUCUGGAGGGAAAGCAAGGGAAACCCCGCCUGAAGCCUCCAUUUCCUGCAGAUGUUGGUGUAUUCGGUUGCCCAACAACUGUUGCCAAUGUGGAGACCGUAUCAGUGGCACCCACCAUCUGUCGCCGUGGAGGCACUUGGUUUGCAGGCUUUGGCAGAGAGAGAAACUCCGGAACGAAACUCUUCAACAUCUCUGGCCACGUUAACACCCCCUGUACUGUAGAGGAGGAGAUGUCCAUCCCUCUGAAGGAGCUGGUGGAGAGGCACGCAGGCGGCGUGCGUGGCGGUUGGGAUAACCUGCUGGCUGUGAUCCCCGGAGGAUCCUCAACUCCCCUCAUCCCUAAGAAUGUCUGCGAAGAGGUGCUGAUGGACUUUGAUGGCCUGAUUCAAGCCCAGACUGGGCUCGGGACAGCUGCUCUUAUUGUUAUGGACAAAUCUACUGAUGUUAUCAAAGCCAUCGCUCGUCUGUUGGAGUUCUACAAGCAUGAGAGCUGUGGCCAGUGCACACCAUGCAGAGAAGGAGUGGACUGGAUGAAUAAGAUGAUGUGGCGUUUUGUGCGUGGCGACGCUCGACCAUCAGAGAUUGACAUGAUUUGGGAGAUCAGUAAGCAGGUUGAGGGUCACACGAUCUGCGCUCUGGGUGAUGGUGCAGCAUGGCCCGUGCAGGGAUUGAUCAGACACUUCAGACCUGUGAUGGAAAGCCGGAUUGCUGAACACAAGCAAAAGCAACAGGCCAUGGCUUAGAUGGUUCAUUCAGCUGAACUAUUCCAUCCUCUUCUACCCUUAAAGUUGAGCUUUUGUUCUUCAAAAAUAUUUAAACGAAUCAGUAUGUCCUGUAUAGUCUCAAGCUUUACGAGAUGUCUACACGCUGUUGAAUAAAAGUAUCAAUAAAUACAGAAAAUCCCAAA